AAAAGAGACGGCCUGAUAGGGUGGAUAUCGCACUUCAUCCUCAACAUCCGCCAGGUUUAGUCAAAGUCCUACACCAUUUCAACGAAAAUGAAAUUCGCCGCAGCCCUCCUGUUGGUGACGAUCCUGCUCUGCGCUACUGGAAGCGGAGAUGCUGGUCAAAGUGGCAAAGGAAGAGGAGGCGGAAUGCAGUCUCAACAAUCCUACGGUGGCCAACAAUCUCACGGUGGUGGCCGGCAGCCAUCUUACGGCCAAUCAGCGGCGCCGAUGCAACACCGAGCUCCUUCUCAAGGAGGCAAAAGCAAAAGCAAAAGCAAAGGCAAAGGUCAGCAGCAGCAAAUGAGUUACGGACGACCGGCUGCAGCUCCUGCUAGGCCCAUGUCUUCAUCUUACGGUGGCUCGGCGGCACCGGCUAAGCAGAUGUCGGGAUCCUACGGAUCAGCGGCUCCGAUGAACCACGGAAUGGCCAGCAUGCCGGCAGCUCACCAACAGCCCAAACCAGCAGCCGCUCAAUCGUCUUACGGCGGUGCCGGAAUGGCCAAAGCGCCGAUGAUGCCUUCCUCUCACGGCGCCGCCCGUCCACCCGCUUCUUCUUCUUCUUCCUAUUAACAAAAGAAAAGAAAAUAAGAAAAGAAAAUUGAUGUUUUGAGACUACUUGUUUCAAGUAGCGCAGUAAGAACGUAUCAAACAAUCGCAAUUUCCAAAAUCAAGAUUCCGUACCCAGUUCUAAUCACCUUCAUCUCAUUUUUCCCAUCCCAUGCCGAGAUAUUAUUAUGACGGGCACCCCAUUAAAAGCGUUAAAUUAGUGAAACAAACAAAACAAACAAGACGCAACGUAAAACAAUGAGGUUUUUGUUUCCAAUUACCUCAAGCCAACUCUACAUUUAUAUUUAGAGUCAUUAAAUUGAUUUCAAGUGCACGGAUAAUGAGGUGUCCGGUUUUUUUCUCUUUGAUGAAUGAUUUUUUUUUGUUUUCAGUUUCCAACAUUUUUUUUUUCUAUUCUUGGAAAAAUGAUGUGAUCCCUCCUUGGCCUUGAAUAAUACGUUGAAUACAUUCGCAAUUUGUAUCGCUAA